AUGAAGUUCUCUCUCAUCGCCGUUGGCUUUGCUGCCCUCGCCGCCGCUGCUCCUCUGAGCACCCGCCAGAACAAUGUCUUCUCCACCCAGACUUUCAACGACCUCUCCAUCAGCGGUGGCACUGCCGGCAACGCGGAGCAGGAGGCCCUUGACAAGCUCGCUGGUCUCCCCACCGACCUGACCCAGGUCAGCAAGGCCGACCUCGACUUCCUCAACAGCGUCAACCAGAUCGCCAACGACGCUGAGAAGGAGGCCUUCAACCCCGCCAUUGAGGCCGCCACCGGCGACGAGGCCGAUGCUCUCCAGCGUGGCAAGAUCAAGAACAAGGUCCUUAAGCUCACCGCGACCGUGCUGAAGCUGCAGGCUCAGCAGGCCCAAGGCAAAGACGUCUCCGCCAAGAUGGCCGAGGAGCAGAAGAAGCUCGACAACAACAUCGCCCAGGAUGUCGCCGAGGCUGGCAACGAGUCGACCGCCCUCGACUUCGAUGCUUCCACCGCAUAA